AUGGCGAGUCACCUCGAGUCACCCAAGCUCCGAAUUGGUGCUACCUACUCGCCAACCAAUCGGAAGUCUGCCUCCCAGUUUGAGUCUAAUCGACGUAUGGCCGACCCUUCAUAUUUUAAGAUAACAGUUAAACAGAAUUUACUCAAGGAAACCGCACUGUCUCAAAGGAAUGCCCAAAUCAAGUUACUCAUGUGGAGUUUCGGGAGAAAGCGUAGGAGUGGUCUCACCCUGAAAAUAUCCCUCUUGAUUCCUGGUGAAAGGAAGGACCGCAUCGAGGAGCUAAUGAUAUAUGUCAUUCUCUGUGCAUCCAAGGAAUUGCUCCAGCCGACGUGGCACAAGAACACAUAA